UUAUGCCAAAAUUAUGGAUGUUGAACAACGAAAGCAUAUUUUUUCCUCAAUGAUGAUAUUUCGACGGCGUAAGCGGCAAAAAUCUCGAAUAAAUAUUUCGGAACUAAAAAAUCAAGAUCAGAUUUUAUCUCAAAUUGAAUCUCACUUUCCAUCCCAAUUCAAAAAUCAAUCUCAAAGAUACAACCCUUUGAUAACAACAUGUCCAGAACGUAAACAUCUGUUACAAAUAAUCAAACAUGUGCAUCUGGAGUUAUGUAAACUAUCGAAAACAAUAUGCACUAUCCUUGGAGUACAGGUAGCUUGUGAAAUAGGACUAAUUAUUAUGUAUCUGUCUGGAGCUUUUUAUAAUUUAUUUAUUCGAUACGUUAUGCAUCAGCACAAAGUUAAAGGUGUCCCAGCUCAGACAGCUUUAACGUUGUCAUUGUCUUUCCUGAACAUUUUCAGAGCCGUUUUUGUAAGUCGUAUUUGCAAAUAUGCGGCCGAUGAGGGAAAUAAAACCAUCGAAAUUAUUCAUGCAAUUUAUGGAUGCGAUACAGAUAUUGAUAUGCAGGAGGAGAUUCAGCAAUUUGGUAUUCAAAUUUUGCAAAGUCCAGUAACAUUUUCCGCAUUUGGUCUUACUCUUGAUAAUCGUAUUUUAACCAUGAUUUUAAAAUCUGUAACGAUCUAUGUGGUUAUUAUGGUACAAGUUAGCAUAACAUUGGAAUCGGACAACGCCGUGCAAGAUAGCUUGCUCGGCAACUUUACAUUUGAAGUAAUUUUCUACGCUAACAGCGGCUUAAAUAAUGUUAUGUUGCAUCUCUGGCUGAUUGUGGAGGAAGGAAUUUUGAGGGAUGGCUCUAUAGAGGCUAUCAUUCCUGCACGCGAAAAUUUUGAGGUCUAA